ACAUUACUAUAUAAUUCGAUUCGAAUUUUAUAAUUUGGAUAGACCAAACUUCUCUCGUUUUAGAUAAAUAAAUAAAAACUAUCGGGGGAAUGGAUACCAGCUACUCCCAUUCCAGGAACAUUUGUAUGCAAUAUCGGGGACAUGUUGAAGAUAUGGUCCAAUGGCUUAUAUGAAGCAACUUUGCAUCUAGUCAGCAAUAAUUCAGCAAAAUAUGUAGUUUCUGUGGCAUAUUUUUAUGAGCCAAAUUUUGAUACAUUGGUGGAGCUCCAGGAAUUGUUCGUGGAGAAAAGUGGGGCAGCUCGGCUGGAGCAGAAAGCCGUUUAUGGGGAGCAUUUAGUAAACAAAGUCGAAAACAACUUUGUCGUGGAGGAAUCAGAUUAGCUUAAUUAUUGGUUUUAUCAAUAAAGGCUAAAAUCAAUCUUGAGGAUG